AUGAAGGAUCAUUUGAAAAAAAAAAAAAAAGGAGCACUUCAACCAUCGUAUUUUAAUGACAAUAAAUUGUGUAUACAUGCUAAUGGUGGUGCAUAUUUAGAGAAUAAAAAGGAAUUAAAAAAAUAUAAGAAUAAUUGUUCCAUGAACAAAUUAUUACAUAAAUUAAUUAUUUUUUCUGUAAACUCCUCCUAUAAUAGGACUUUCAAAAAAUGUGUUAAUUUAAUAGUAAUAUAUAUGUUUUCUGUGUUACAAUUUUCUGUUUCAACGGCAACAGGAGAGACAAAAGCACAGGAAGGAAGCCAAGACACAGAGAAACUUAAAGAAAAGGCAAUUACAGCAGCAAGUAAGGUGUGGGAUUUUAUUAAACAUGGUGUUUGUACAUUAUGCAAUUAUGUUUUAUGGGAUAAGUCAUCAUAUUGUAAAGAUCGUUGCUGCUGUUUUAGGGAAACAUGCUGUGGAAAAAAAAAAAAAAAAUCAGAUAUGGAUAAUUGUGAAAACUAUAUUAUGGGACAAUCUGCAAGGCAAAAUUCGGAAACAAGCGAGGCGGGAAAAAAGAAAGAAAAGACGACAACUAAAUGUAAAAAUUCAAGUUCUGACAUACUUAAUUUAGGAUACAGUGCAACGUAA